CAAAUCCAACCACCAGGCAUCUACUAGUCGUGUCUGUUGAAGCUACUCUACGCAUGCGCAGUUCCAAACAUGCCUAUGUGGCUGCUGAGACAUUAAACUAUUUAUUUAUCCUGAUGAUAGUUUAAGAAACAAACUGUUGCGAUGAAACUUUUUAUACUGGUUUUCUUUUGUGCAUGCUGUUCUGUCACAGCAGAAGAAGACGAGAGACUGCCCAAUAAAUGCGAAGUGUGUAAGUUUCUGACAGUGGAGCUGCAGGAUGCUCUGCAGAGAAGUGGUCGCUCCAAAGAAGUCCUGGAGGUGGGAGAGGUGCUGGACACAGGCAAGAGAAGAAGAAAGAUCAAAUACAACACCUCAGAAACUCGGCUGACUGAGGCGAUGGACGACAUAUGUGAACGCAUCCUGCAGUAUAAUGUUCAUGCAGAGAGGCCUGGCAGCCUCCGAUACGCCAAGGGUGCCAGUCAGACCAUGACGACUCUGAAGAACCUGGUCCACAAAGGAGUCAAAGUGGAUUUGGGUCUGCCGUUUGAGCUGUGGGACGAACCCAAUGUGGAGGUCUCAGACAUGAAGAAACAGUGUGAGACGAUGCUGGAGCAGUACGAGGAGGUUGUGGAGGACUGGUACUUCCAUCAUCAGGACCAGCGGCUGGAGAACUUCCUCUGUGAGAAGCACGUCCUCGAGACAUCAGAGCAAGAAUGUAUAAAGGAGGCGUGGAAAGGAGACGUGGGGAAAAGAAGGGCAAAGGAGCCGGAAAGGGGCGGCACAGAAAAGGAGGGAAAAACGCACGACGCUGGCGAGCUAUGAGGAAAACAUUGUCAAAAAAGGGAAAUGCAGAAGACAACUGAAUAACCUCAAUUUUAGCUUUUGGCUGCAAAACUGCAAAGCAAUGAUGUAUUCUUUCUGACAUAUUACAUUUGUGGUACCAAAUCAUGGUUCAAGAGUUUACAUCGGGAGUUAUAAUCGUGUGAAAUGAUGCUUUAUAGAUUUUAACACUGCAUUUGUACUGUUAUUUUUAUAUGAAUGGUGUCAGCCUUUUUUAAUAACGGUCACACCUUUUUAAACACUCAGCUAUUUGGAUUGAGGUUACCAU